GUUUGUUAUUACAAAGUCUGUGCUUUCUCACUCUCUAUAAAUAUCAUAUAUUCGCCACCUGCUUUCUUUUUCCUCUCUUCUUCCUCCUCUCGCUUCUCUCUUUUCCUUUGCCCUUCGCCAACCAUUUUCCGGCCAAGUCGCCGGUCGUUUUUCUCUCUUGGGGUUUCCGGAGAAUUUCGUUUUCUCCGUCAUUUUUUGGUUUUCUUAAAGAUCUCUUCUUUUGAAACUUGAGAGUUUCGUUUUUGUGCAUUGAAGACAAAGAAAUGGAUGGGACUAAAGAGAUGGGACUUAGAAAUGUGAGCUCAACCUGCUCAAUUUCCGAAAUGGAUGAUUAUGAUCUGUCACGCCUUCUUAACAAGCCAAAGCUUAACAUAGAGAGGCAAAGAUCAUUUGAUGAGAGGUCACUAAGUGAGCUCUCUAUUGGUCUCACUAGAGGAAGCUAUGACAAUUAUGAGACCACCCACUCGCCUGGUGGGAGGUCAGGUUUUGAUACUCCGGCUUCAUCAGCUAGAAAUUCCUUUGAACCUCACCCCAUGGUGGCUGAAGCAUGGGAAGCUCUCAGGAGAUCAUUGGUGUAUUUCAGAGGCCAACCCGUUGGUACCAUUGCCGCAUAUGAUCAUGCUUCUGAGGAAGUUUUGAACUAUGAUCAGGUUUUUGUUCGAGAUUUUGUACCCAGUGCUCUGGCUUUUCUGAUGAAUGGAGAGCCUGAGAUAGUUAAGAACUUCCUCUUGAAGACCCUACAACUUCAAGGGUGGGAGAAAAGAAUAGAUAGAUUCAAGCUAGGGGAAGGUGCAAUGCCAGCUAGCUUCAAAGUGCUUCAUGAUCCUGUACGUAAAACAGACACAAUUAUUGCAGAUUUUGGAGAGAGUGCCAUUGGACGAGUUGCUCCAGUUGACUCUGGAUUUUGGUGGAUAAUUCUGCUCCGUGCAUAUACAAAAUCUACCGGGGAUUUAUCUCUUGCGGAGACACCUGAGUGUCAAAAAGGAAUGAGGCUCAUACUUACUCUGUGUCUAUCAGAAGGAUUUGAUACAUUCCCAACCCUACUUUGUGCUGAUGGAUGCUCUAUGAUUGAUCGAAGAAUGGGUAUUUAUGGUUAUCCUAUUGAAAUUCAAGCACUUUUCUUUAUGGCGUUGAGGUGUGCUUUAUCAAUGCUGAAGCAUGAUGCAGAAGGAAAAGAGUGCAUUGAAAGAAUUGUAAAGCGUUUGCAUGCCUUGAGUUAUCACAUGCGCAGUUACUUUUGGCUUGACUUUCAACAACUAAAUGAUAUUUACAGAUAUAAAACUGAGGAAUAUUCUCACACAGCAGUAAAUAAGUUUAAUGUUAUUCCUGAUUCAAUUCCUGACUGGGUAUUUGAUUUUAUGCCAACACGAGGUGGCUACUUUAUUGGCAAUGUUAGUCCUGCAAGGAUGGAUUUCCGAUGGUUUUGUUUAGGUAACUGUAUAGCAAUCCUAUCUUCUCUUGCAACUCCAGAGCAAUCAAUGGCUAUAAUGGACCUUAUUGAAGCCCGUUGGGAUGAGCUUGUUGGAGAAAUGCCUUUAAAAAUAGCUUAUCCUGCAAUAGAAAGUCAUGACUGGCGAAUUGUCACUGGUUGUGACCCUAAGAACACGAGAUGGAGUUAUCACAAUGGAGGAUCCUGGCCAGUGCUUUUGAUCUUAUAAGAAAGGAAAUUAGUUUGUUGCAUGGGUAAUUAAUUGUUGUCGUAUUGACAAAAUAAUUGAUUAUUUCUGUUAUUAACAAAAAAUUUAUUGGUGGCAUCUUGUAAAAGCAUGAAGCUGGUACAGAGUAAUUGUUGCUUAUUUGUUAAACAAAACAAACCACCAAAAGCUUACUAGGAUUAAACAAACUGGUUGACACUUUAGCUGUUUGUUAAAAGGUCUUGUGUGUAUAAAUUUCAACUCUUUUAAAUUACAAUGAAAAUACACUGAAACUUGAAGCUAAUAUUGGUAACACCAAGAGUUUGGAACUAGCUAUUCCACUUUCAUAAGUCCCCGUUCCCAAAUUGCUGCCGUCUUCUGAUAAGUAUAAACUAUCACCAACAACUUAGCUAUUUGAAGGUAGGCAACAACCUGAUUGACACUUGAAAAUGAUUUCACGUAAUACUUUGGGAAGUAGUAGUUACUCUGUGAACUUGAGUUGUUAAUUUUAUGCUUUAAAAGCAAUUAAAAGAACCCUUGUAAUACUGGGUCCAGCUCCCCUCCAUUACUUUUGAGUACACCGUUAUGACCAUUCAUAGGUAUGAUUUCCACAAUUCAUGGAUGGACAUGUGAAAGUUGAUUACAAGUGUAUUGAAAAGUAACAGAUAGAAUGCGGAGGGGAGCUUAAUCCUGUAAUACUAGGUAAAAGAGUUCAGGACAGUAAUUCUCUUCCUGCACUUGUUUGCAAUACAUCAUAAAAUUUGGGUCAUGAUUCUCAUGAUCCUGUACUUAUCAGGACCAUCAGUUGAUGUUUACACAUUGGAAGCCCCUUAACAAAUUUAUAAGGGUGAUAAAUUUGUUGUCUACAUGAUUGAGCAACCUUUCAGAUUUGUGGAGUUUGCAUGCCUGGGUUCUGUUAUCAUUCUUGACUUGCAAUUUUGAGGUUUGCGGAUCAGUGUAACAGUUAAUAAAACUAGUUGUCUCUUACAUGUAUUUAAACUUGGUUCUCUCUGUGGUUUAAGUUUAUAAAGGUUGAUGUCACAAAUCAAGAGCAACUUUCACUGGGAGAGAUCAAUGAGGGAAGCAAUAUACUUUCUUAGUUUAGCUGCUGUUUGUACUAUGGGCCUGAGAGCGGUUACUUAAGAAACAAAAGGACAAAAAAAAAAAGAAGCCUUUUCACCCUUUUUGGAUUGGCUCCAUGGACGAUACCGCACUAUUAUGCCCUAUUUAAGACCAUAUCUCCAUAAGCUUAGUAAAAA